CGGCAGCGAAUGCCAGGGGGGCGGCGAAGCCUCAAAGGGGGCGGUUGGUGCUCCCCAGGGGGCCGGGGCAAAAGGAGGCCGGCUGUUGGCGCCCGUAGCGCUCGCUGCCGCCCCGGACGGCAGUCUCUAUGUGGGCGACUUCAAUCUGGUCAGACGUAUCAUGGUUGAUGGCACUGUUAGAACGGUUGUUACGCUCAAUGUAACACGAGUGGCCUACCGCUACCACAUAGCCCUGUCACCUCUGGACGGCACCCUGUACAUCUCGGAUCCGGAGUCGCACCAGAUACUGCGCGUGCGCAAUGCGAACGACUUUUCUGAUCCGGAGCACAACUGGGAGUCGGCCGUCGGUUCCGGAGAGCGCUGUCUGCCCGGCGAUGAGGCGCACUGCGGCGAUGGAGCACUAGCAAGGGAUGCAAAGCUCGCUUAUCCUAAAGGUUAUCAUUCAAAUUAUUAUACUGAGUGGCAGUGUCAGGUGAAAGUCCUGUACUUCGCUGACGGCACCAACAUCCGUAUGGUGGAUCGAGAUGGCAUUGUGACAACGGUGAUUGGCAACCAUAUGCACAAGUCUCAUUGGCUGCCGAUUCCCUGCGAGGGAACACUCAACAUAGAGGAGGUGCACCUCCGUUGGCCGACAGAUCUUGCCAUCAAUCCACUGGAUAAUUCGCUGCAUAUUGUCGACGAUCACAUGAUUCUGCAGCUUACGCCUGAUGGACGUGUUAAGGUGGUGGCAGGUAGACCGUUGCACUGCCCGUCACGCGGCCAUGACAGUGAGCUGGCCACACGCGCGACUCUCGUCAUGCCGCAGAGCAUUGCGUUCGCUCCGACCGGCGAUCUGUUCGUCGCCGAAAGCGAUUCGCAGCGAAUCAAUCGCGUUCGCGUCAUUGGAACCGACGGCAAAAUCAGCCACUACGCAGGCGCGGAAUCCAAGUGCAACUGCUUGGACCGUGGCUGUGACUGCUUUGAACAGGAUCAUUUCCUGGCCUUCACCUCCAAGUUCAACACCAUCUCUUCUGUUGCUGUGUCACCAGACGGUAUCCUACAUAUUGCUGACCAGGCUAAUUACAGGAUCAGAUCUGUGGUGGCAAGCAUACCGGAAGCGAGAAAUACACCGGCGGAAGCAUAUCAGAGAGAGUAUGAAGUGUAUUCGCCUGAUACACAGGAGGUAUAUGUAUUCAAUCGGUUCGGACAGCAUAUAUCCACCAGAAAUAUACUCACAGGUGAAACCAGUUACCUGUUUACAUACAACGUGAAUACAAGCAACGGAAAACUUAGUACAGUCACUGAUGCCUCCGGGAACAAGGUCUUCCUACGUCGAGAUUAUGCAUCUCAGGUAAAUUCGAUUGAGAACACCAAGGGUCAGAAGUGUUUGAUAAGGAUGUCGAGAAUGAAACUUUUGAGCGAACUCAGCACGCCUGACAAUUACAAUGUCACCCUGGACUACUAUGGACCCACUGGAUUACUUCGCAGCAAACUGGACUCGACAGGUCGCUCGUACGUGUACAAUUACGACGAGUUUGGACGCUUGACGAGUGCAGUGACGCCCACCGGCAAAGUGGUCAGGUUGGCAUUCGACCUGAGUGUGAAGGGAGCCAUGGUCAAGGUGACCUUGGACGACAGGCAGCCUAUUUCUAUGCUCAUCAAGGGG